AUGAAGUGGGAACACAUUCCAUUAGAAACUCUCAACCCCUUCGCCCGGCUUUAUGGCGUGUCCCUUCGAGGGGUCACCUUUGGAAAGCUGCGAGCAGAAGAUGGGACCGACAAAGGUGGCGCAAUAAUCGCAACACAGGAAAAGCAGUCAGUGGACGAUGAGUCGCCAGAGGAAGAUGUCCUCAUCAAGGUACCUUCCGAUAUGAUCCUGUCGCUCGAGAUGGUCCAUGAUCGCGCCAAGUAUGACCGGCAUCUGGGUGAGGUAUUGCAAGCUGUCGGGGAUUUUGGAAAGACAGCCAGAGGCGCCAUUCUAAUCUUCCUGCUCCUUCAAAUCUCACAUUCAUCUCUAGAUCUCGCAGAAUCAAAGCAAAAGAUCGGCCUAUCGAAUGCUUGGACAGAGUACGUAAAGUUCUUGCCUCCGUUUAUACCGCUUCCAACAUUUUGGACAAUGGAGGAACUUGAGCUGCUACGCGGGACGUCCUUGAGAAUCGCUUACGAGGCGAAGAUUGCUGCCCUGGAAAAGGAAUUCGAACAUGUUCGCCAGGCCACAGAGUGUGUUUCGUGGUGUCAGGAUUUGUGGUGGGAUGAAGAUACUUGUGCAGUCACCUUAGAUGAUUGGAAGUAUCUUGAUGCAGUGUUCCGUUCGCGCAUGGUAGAUUUACCUGGGUACGGGCAUGCCAUGGUGCCAUGUAUUGAUAUGGCAAACCAUGCGCCUGAACCCACUGUGAAUGCAUUUUAUGGUAAGGAUGAGAAUGGGAAUGCUAUACUUCAGUUACGUCUGGGUAAGCAACUGCACGCGGAUGAAGAGGUUACUAUAUCAUACGGCCAAGAGAAAUCGGCGGCCGAGAUGGUUUUCUCAUAUGGAUUUCUUGAUGCAAAGAAGAGCGAUACACGGCAAAUCCAGCUGGAUUUGGAUAUACCCGAUGACGAUCCAUUGGGUUUGGCAAAGAUGGCAUUUUGCAAAGAGAUCCCCGGUGUCCGUAUCUUUGGCCAACCCACCUCAUCCGGCACGGUUGAAACGCGCUGGGAAAGUCCAAUUGUGUGGUGGGCCUGCGUCAAUGAGGAAGAUGGACUCGAGUUCGCAGUAUUACAAGCGAAUGAUGGUUCGAAGCAGUUAAAAACCACUUGGAAGGGAGAGGACGUGGAGACGCCGCAUCACCUCCGGGACUUGCUAGCUGCAGACCCAUCGUGGGAUAUAUUUCAGCUGCGUGCGGCUGUGCUCAUACUCGAACGAUUAGAAACCCAGUUUUUCAUAUUACAAACAACUGAGGGCAUGAUUUCGGACAUCAACGAUAGCGAAGAUAUGCGUGCUCUGUUCCGACCAGAGGUAUUCAGCACAGUCACAAAGUUGCGACAAUUGGAAGGGAAAUUGCUGGAGAUGGCGAUAAAAGAUCUAGAAAAGCAGAGAGACAAUUUGAUAAAGAGCGACACAGUCAGCAAAUAUCUUGCCCAACGACAGGCUGCAGAAGUCGAAGAUGACUUUUCAUGA